CCGUUCACAGGUGAGGACGGUGGGGGCUGUCGUCCCUGGGUGAGCCUCCUCGUAGUGAAGCAGGAGCUUGGGGGAGCAAGGGAAAUGAAACCUAAUCUCCAUGGUGAGCAAAAAGUCUUCCUCCGAAUUCUCCAGGAUCUUGCCGCUUUCCCGUUGGUUUACCCGGGUUGGGCAAGCAGCCCCUCCUCCUGGAGACAGGGAGGGGCCAGCAGCACCUCUUCUCCUGCAUCUCCUGCAUCUCCUGUCUCCCUCCGGUCUCUUAUCAUGUCUCAUCCCCCUCCUUCUGUGCUCAUUAGUAAUGAAGGCAUCUCUGCAGAAGCCUCACCGCAGACUGGCCACUUUGCCUAGUCCUUUCUUCAUCCUGCUCCUCAUCCGCUCAGGAUACUUCCAGUAAAGCUCCCCCACCUGAUGCUGUCUCCUUGGGCCUCCCUGAAGGGGCCUCAGCCUGUGGGCAGCCUCUUCCCUGAGCCUUUCCCAGUAUGUGCCUCUUGCGUUAGGGCUCACCGUGUCCCCACCCCCACCCCGCUUCCUUGGGGGAAAGCCUGCUCCUCAUGGCCACCUAUAAACCUGCAACCUGGGCUCCCAGGACAGUGGCCUCUCCCUCCCUGAAGGCCCAUCAGGCUAUUUCCUGCAGAGCUCCCGUGGCACUCCACACAGCUUUGCGCUGUCGUCUACUGGUUUAAUGUUUCUCAUGGUUCCCUCAUGGGACAAAAGCAUGAGGAAAAGAAGCAGUCCAUGCAUCGUAAGAUCUCCGAUCAUGCCUGAGCCACUGCCUGGGAGACUGGUGGCUGCUUCAUUUCUUCAGAGUGGUAUAUUGUCUGGAACAGGAGUUGUAGGCAGACCCAUGUUGUAUCGUAGAUCCUGGAACUCUGAAAAGCCAGUGGUUCCCAGUUCAUGGAUAGGGAAGCCUGAGCUGGGAGCCAGUAGUGUCAGCGAAGACACAUGACUUGUUCAUGACACAGUCAGGUCCAUAAACUAGCCUGAGUCCCUCUGAGCCACCACACUGCCUCCUGUCCUGUAUGGGGCCCCAAAGGCAUUGCAGAAAACCACAAGAGAGACUGUCACAAACAAAGGUAGGUGCUGUCCCAGAACAGGACUUCCACGUUCUGCACCAGCCACGUCCUCCGGCAAAGCCUCUGAAAAGGCCCUUUCCUCUGCUUUACUGAGGUAUAAAUGACGGACAAAUAAAAUUGUAAGGCAUUGAGAACGUGCAAAGUGAUGACUGGAGAUAUGUGUAUGUUGUACAAGGAUUACCCCCAUCAGGCUAACGAACACACCCAUCGUCUCAUGUUUACGGUUCUAAAAAGUUUUUGAUGUAAACGUUUCAGUUCUAUUAUUCAGACAGUUUAUCAACCACAGUCACCAUGCUGUAUGUUAGAGGACACCGUCUUACAACUGAAACUCUAUCCCCUCUCCCAGCGCUUCCCUGUUUUCUCCCACCCUCUACAUGUAAGUGAUACUUCCCGUAUUUGCUUCUCUAUCUGGCUUACUUCAUUUCGCAUAAUGUGCUCUGGGUUCAUACAUGUCCCAAAUGAUAGAAUUUCUUUCUUUUUUUAAGGCUGAACGAGCCUCUGUUGUGUAAGAACAUUCUGUUGUGUAAGAACUUACUCAGGGAGUGUAUCAGCCCCAGUCUGGGGAAUAAGUACGCGUUACUCGGGACAGAAAAACGCCCGCUGCCUAUAUAUUCCCACUUAGGUCACAUUUUCUAAAUGUCAGCUCCCAAAAUACAAUCCAUACACAAUAAAGUUCAGCCUCUUAGGUAUAUUGUGUGAGUUUUGGCAAAUGUACACAGUUGUGUAAUCACCUCCACAAUCAAGAUAUAGAAUGUUUCCAUCGCCCCAAAGACUUCCUUUAUGUCCCUGGGUGGCGAUCUUCCACCCACCCACCUCCUGGACCCCAGCUCCUGGCAACUGCCGACCUGCUUGGCCUUUCCCAGAACAUCAUGUAAAGCAGUCGUAGAGUAUGCAGCAGCAUUUCAUGCCUGACAUCUUCUUCUCACGUUUUUGAGCGUCCUCCAUGUUACAUGUGAGACUAGUUCGUUCCAUUUCUCGCCCAGUAAUAGUCCAGUGUCUGAAUAUACCAUCAUUUGUGUGUUCUAACCCAUGGUUUUUAAUUUUCUCGAUCCAAGUAUUUUUCAGGGUAAUUGAUAUUUUCUUAUUAACAAAGCAAAGCUUGGUGUAUGGUUCUAGAACCAUCAGAUUCCUUUUAUUUCAACAUGUUAAGUAACUGCCACGAAGCCAACACCUUUGAGACAACCUACUGCCAGUGCUGUAAGAAUUACACCAAGCCAGGGGCCAAACCCUUGCACCGGGAAUGGAGUGUUUAAAAUGUGGGCCGAUCCUUUGUUUUUGAGAGCGAAGCUAGCAGUGGCUCCCUACCUGUCUGUGCUUUAAAAUCUCCUGGAAAAAUUUAAAUAAAAACCAUGGGGGGAGGGAGUAAACUUACCUGGUAACCAGGCCUGGAGUGACAGGCUGUCCCACUUUUCCCUGGGUCCAGGGCUUUCCGGAGUUGAGGACUUCUGGGGCUGACACCUGACCCGCCUAGACUCCACCCCCAGGCCAAGUAAAUCAGAGUCCCUGGAAGGGUUGCAGCUGAGCACCCUUAGUCUUAACAGCUCCACCAGGUGACUCUGAUGCAGUAGAAGGUUGAUAACGAGGGAGCUCACUAAGCCCUCAGGCUUGUAACCUUCAGGCUCCUUGGAGGGAGCAGUGAGCAAGAAAGAUUCUACCCAGGCUACUUAGAGCAAAGGGUAUGAGAGGGGAGGCGGGAAACACCGCUCUGCACCUGGCCUGCCAGAACAGCCACUCCCAGAGCACACGCGUCCUCCUGCUGGGCGGGUCCCGUGCCGACCUCAAAAAUAAUGCAGGCGACACCUGUUUGCACGUUGCUGCACGCUAUAAUCACUUGUCCAUCAUUAAGCUCCUCCUCAGUGCUUUCUGUUCUGUCCAUGAAAAGAACCAGGCUGGAGACACAGCACUUCAUGUUGCUGCUGCCCUAAAUCACAAGAAGGUGGUUAAAAUCUUACUGGAAGCUGGAGCAGAUGGGACCAUUGUUAAUAAUGCAGGCCAGACUCCACUGGAGACUGCGCGCUACCACAAUAAUCCAGAAGUUGCUCUUCUCCUCACUAAAGCUCCCCAGGUCUUGCGCUUCAGUCGUGGGCGAAGCCUGAGGAAAAAGAGAGAGAGGCUCAAGGAAGAGAGGAGAGCUCAGUCUGUGCCAAGAGAUGAGGUGGCACAAAGCAAGGGAAGUGUCUCAGCAGGAGACACCCCCAGCAGCGAACAUGCUGUACCCAGAAAAGAAGAGGCCAGAGAAGAUUUCCUGUCUGCCUCCCCAGAGCCCAGAGCAAAGGACAAUCGGCAGAGAAAGUCAAGGCCCAAGGUGUCUGCGUUUUCUGACCCCACCCCACCAGCAGACCAGCAGCCUGGACACCAGAAGAGUGCGCAUGCUCAUAAUCCUCCUAGAAAGAGGCCCCGGCACCGAUGCUCCCCCCCGCCCCCUCCCCAUGAGUUCAGAGCCUACCAGCUCUACACGCUGUACCGGGGCAAGGAUGGGAAAGUGAUGCAGGCACCGAUCAAUGGUUGUCGAUGUGAACCCCUAAUCAACAAGCUGGAGAACCAGCUGGAGGCAGCUGUGGAGGAGAUCAGAGCCGAGCUGGGGUCGGUGCAGGAUAAAAUGAACACAAAGCUGGGACACAUGGAGGGCAAGACCCAGCACCAGAUGCGUGUUUUGGACAAGCUGAUGGUGGAGCGGCUCUCAGCCGAGAGAACCGAGUGCCUGAACCGCCUGCAGCAGCACUCCGACGCCGAGAAGCAUGAGGGAGAGAAACGACAGACAUCACUGGUGGAUGAAUUAAAAACCUGGUGCAUGCUAAAGAUUCAGAAUCUGGAGCUGAAGCUUUCUGGAGAUUCUAGGACCUCUAGGACCAAAUCCACACCAUCUACUUGCGAGUCCUCUACAGGUGUGGAUCAGUCAGUGGUCACUGCAGGUCCAGUAGCAGCUUCUGACAGUUCUCCUCAGGUGGUGAGGCCCAAGGAAAAGGCCUUCAACUCCACUGCUACCCACCGACUACAGCAGGAGCUGUCUUCCUCAGACUGUACAGGCUCUCGACUGCGGAAUGUCAAGGUCCAGACAGCCUUGCUACCCUUGAAAGAGGCAGCCAGAUAUGAUCAGCAGGCUGGGCCCUGUGUUGACAGAGGCACCCAAACCAAGAAGUCUGGGAGAAGUGGGCAGACAAGGCAUCGGACCCAGCACCCAGCACCCAGCAACCCCUGUGGGCUGCCGCCACCAGCAGCAGGCAGCGAGCAGACUGCCCCUCACAUUCGAGAUACCUCCCAAGCUCUGGAGAUCACCCAGUAUUUUUUUGAGGCCGUUUCUACCCAGAUGGAAAAGUGGUAUGAAAGGAAGAUUGAGGAAGCACGAAGCCAAGCCAGUCAGAAGGCCCAGCAAGACAAGGCCACCCUGAAGGAACACAUUAAAAGUUUAGAAGAAGAACUUGCUAAACUAAGGACGAAGGUGCAGAAGGAAAAUUAGGACCUGGGGAGCAGCACAAGAAGGGAUUCCUGGCUUUGCAGCUCUAGAAGAGCUACGGCCAACAUAUCCGUUAUCGUGCACAUGACGGACUUGCCUUUCAAAAAACAGUUGAAUUUCUGAAAUGUGCCAGACCCGUGCUUCCCGUGCUCUGAAGUUAUGAUGACUUCAGCAGUGAGACUGAAACCAGGGGACACUUGCUUAGUUGUAGGUUUCAUUACAAAUUCAUAACCUCAGACCAGGGUCAUCUGAGGUUCAAAAGCUCAGAUUAGGUGAGCCACGCUAAGCAACUAUAUGAUGCGUCGAGCCUAAACCCUAAAAUUCAAGAUGUAUGAAAUAAUAUAAGUCAAAAGGAAGAAGAAAAGCAAAUCCCUUGUGAACGCCAGUGGCCGUUCAUGUGGUGCACACUGGCUGGGCCCAGAAAAGAGUAUCUUUCUGUAAGAACUGUGGCUGAGAUGCACACAUCCCCUCUCAAAUUCCUACUUCUCAAAAUGCUGACCUUUUAACUAGAUGAAAACUUAUCAAAUAGAUUGGGAGGAGAAAAAGAUUUUCAUGAUGUCACUUGAUAUCCAGUAUAUCUUAAAAGAUUUUGCAGAGUUGGUGUGUACUUAAAAUAAUGAGGAAUUGGCUAAUAGCACUGGGAACAUUUGUUAAUAAACUCAAAUGAGAAACAUUCAAAUCAAUGGUCAUUGUUUCUGUAUUUUCAGCCAAAAUACUGUAACAUUAUGAUUGAUUAAUCCUACUGAUUUUAAAGAUUAAUGGAAAAACAUUCAUCAAAAAACUAUCUGAAACUUCUAUCCUUAAUCACACCCGAUUAUCCAAGAGUACCUUUCUAAAUUUGAGCUUAUCGGUCUACAUUUUAUAAAGAAGUAAGGCUAUUUCUUUUGAAAGUAUUUCACUUCUAAUUGUGUCCUGUCAUUAAAGACCCUCAAAAGUU